CCUCGUUGUUCGUCCGCCCAAUUUGGAAAUGCUUCACCAUCCUCCUUUCAUCUCACUGUAUAAACACUAUUUAAGGGUUUGUCUCCAUAAUGGAGAAAUAUUUCACGGUCGUCAAACAUGUAGCACGUCGCAAAGGACUCGAUGCGAAAGACAGCAAGUCCACAAGAUACCAACCCUAUAACGCGCAGGAGAACCGGCCACUUAGACCCAAGGAGAAGAUAAAUCUUCUUCUGGAGCAACUGCCAGACUUUGAGAGUGAACCAUCCCCAGCCAACCUUACGAAACUAUUAUUGAACACACUGCCCAACGAGUCAAAUCCUCUCACUCAUUCUGAUCUCUCUGAUCGUUCAGAUCAUGUUAUUUCAACGUCAACGGGCCACCAAGUUGCCGAAACGCGCAUCUCCCAUCGAACAGAAUACUUUGAGGCCCGCGCUCAGAAGCUCGCCCAACAGAGAGAACAAGGACGCUCUGAGAGUCAAAUAUUGCGCAACACCCGCAUCUACAUUGACGGUUACCUGGAUGGCACGACCGAUAUCGAAAUGAAACGAAUAGUUACAGAGGCCGGUGGCACUAUUUUAAUGUCCGCCUCCGGUGCGACGCAUAUACUAUCGUCCCAAUGUCUCAACGGCUCCAAGACCCACAAGCUGCUUACAACCAAGUCAAGAACAAAAGUCCAGGUUGUUAAGCCUGAAUGGAUAUUGGAUAGCAUUCAGUCGGGAAGACGGCUGCCAGAGAGAACCUACACUUUAGUCAAGAGCAACUCAAUGAAGACGCUGCCUAAUAUGUGGCAAAGCUAAGGAAUGAUGUAUUUGCUAAGUAUUAUAAUGUGUACAAGAACUUGUAAAGGCCGCAUAGUAAUUUAGGAUCCCUUGCGUUAGCGUUAGAUCA